AUGGAUAGAGAUUGGAUGAGUGCGAAUAGGUUAACGGUAAAAUAUAGGGAAGGUAUUGACUUCUUUUUGGAGUUUUCUGCAAAGAAUGCGGAUAAUCCUGAUUUGGUUCAUUGCCCAUGUCUCAAAUGUGGUAACAUGGAGCGUAUGAAAAUUUCCCAAAUAAGAGAACAUUUGUUUAAGAACGGUAUAGACAGGAGUUAUAAGGUUUGGUAUCACCACGGAGAAAAAAUUAGAAGAUCGGGCGAGGGACCCUCUAGAAAGGAUAAGAUUGUUAAUAAUGUGGAGUAUGAAGAUGAUCACAUCGCAGAGAUGAUUAACGAAGCAGAGUUUGAAUCUCAAGUUCGUCCUGAAACAUUUCAAACUAUGUUAGAAGAUGCUGAAAAGCCUAUUUACCCUAAUUGUACUAGGUUUACUAAAUUAUCGACGCUUAUUAGGCUAUACAAUUUGAAAGCAAAACACGGGUGGAGUGAUAAGAGUUUGACAGAGUUACUAGCUUUCUUAGGAGAAUUAUUACCCGAAGGUAAUGAGGUGCCUUUGUCUUUCUAUGAGGCAAAAAAGACAUUGUGUUCGUUAGGCUUGCAAUAUGAAAAGAUACAUGCAUGUCCUAACGAUUGCAUCCUAUAUCGAAAGAGAUUUGUGGAUGAGGUAUCAUGUCCAACGUGCGGUGAGUCCAGGUGGCAAAAGAAAAAGAAUUCUAAUGAGGUAAAGAAGGGUGUUCCUGCAAAACUAUUGUGGUACUUACCACCCAUACCUCGUUUGGUUCGGUUUUUUCGAAAUGUCGACCAUGCUAAAAAUUUGACUUGGCAUGCCAGUGAUAGAGUGAAAGAUGGUAUGAUGAGACAUCCAGCUGACUCUCCCGCUUGGAAAACAAUUGAUGCUAGAUUGCCUGAUUUUGCCAAUGAGCCGAGGAAUAUCCGUCUUGGUCUCUCUCGUACUCGGUAUCAAUCCACAUACUUCCCUUAG